AUGGAAGCUACUUCAUCCGAAGCGGCGUCAGAGCCUAUUCGAUUCCGCGCCGGCAAGAAACGAAAAGCAUACCGCCAACGUGUCCAAGAGGAUGACGACGCUGUCGCAGAAACAACACAAUCGCCUCCUACCGCAUCAGCAGCAGAGUCAAACGAUAAGCCGACUCAAAGAAGCACACCAGACGAUGAAGAGAAUGGAGAAGGUUCAGUUGUAGCCGCGCUAAGGUUGCGCAAUGCCCGGAGGAGCCGCCUUGGAGGAGUCGCAUUCCGGCAUUCAAACCGCCCAGAAGACGACACGAAUACCGAGCGUGCUCUCGUCCCUCACAAUGCCGACGAAACUUCGAAUAGUGAGCCAGCGAUAAAGGGCGUCACAGACCGGUUUACACACCAAACUGGAAAAGUUGCCGACCUCAACGACAGGCACAUGAUGGAUUACAUAGAAUCCCGACUAUCUAAUCGCGCGGUCAGAGAUAGCUCACAAACUACCUCAUCCGCGUCUGCAUCGGACCCUACUCGACAAUCUUCCACGACGGCUACAAAGCACGAGACUGGACGAGCGGUGAUGCAGGGCCAGCUGAUGGAAAUUGAUUUAGGCAACCAUGCGCAAGACAGCAGCGCUACUCUUAACGGGCGCGCAGGUCAAGGAGACGGCACAGCAGGUGGUGAACGGCGAGCCAAGAAGCCUCGGCUCAGAAGAGAUGGCAAACCCUGGCGUCCACGAAACCGGCGAGACAGUGAUGCUGCCAAGCGCGACCAAAUCGUCGACGAGAUUCUCCGAGAAACCAGGCUUGACCUAUACGAGCCCGCCCCAGAACAAAGCGGCAGCGCCGCUGGUGCCGAGCAGGAUGGCGCAGCAGAUGAACGACUUGCUGAAGAGUUUAGACAGCAGUUUCUUGAAGAUGUUGCCGAGCGACAACUUAGGAAAAAGAAGGCGACGAACCAGCCUGCGCGCCCUGGCACUGAGGAGGUUCUCAAAGGACCCAAACUUGGCGGUAGCCGCAACGCCAGAGCUCAGAUGAGAGACCUCUUGUUGAAAAAAGAGAAGGAGGGAAAGAAAUAG